AUGGCUUCCCUACCACGCAGCUAUUUCUUCUCUGUGAGUCGUCUGCAUCCGCACCCACACCCUAUCACUCCUCCACCAUCUGCUCGCCAUCUCUUGCAAGGCCAUUCAGCUAACCCACUCCUCUCAGCGAUAUGUCGCGUAGCCGAACCAAUCGCCCUAACAUCCAUCUUCCCAUACUCAUGGGUAAUGGUGAAAGACUUCAAUAUGGCCAGCGGGGCCGAAGCAUCCCUCUACGCGGGAAUUCUGAUAUCCGCCUUCUCGCUCGCCGAGGCCCUAACUGGCAUGUUCUGGGGUAGUCUCUCUGACCGACUGGGCCGGAAGCCGAUUCUACUUUCUGGCUGUUUCGGGACAAUGCUCUCGUUGCUUAUGGUCGGGUUUGCGCCUAAUUUUUGGGUUGCACUCGCUGGGCGCGCUUUUGGCGGCGCGUUGAAUGGGAAUAUUGGCGUUAUUCAGACUAUGGUUGGCGAGUUGGUUAGACGGCCUGAGCAUGAGCCUAGGGCUUAUGCUGUUAUGCCGUUUGUUUGGUCAAUUGGUACUAUCCUUGGACCUGACCAGCAGAUGGGUUUCCCUCCCUUAUUUCCCGCCGACGGCCUCUUCGGCCGUUUUCCAUACUUACUACCCAACCUCGUCUGCUCCGUUCUCCUAUUCUUCAGCAUCAUUGGUGGUUGGCUAUUCCUCCAAGAAACCCACCCCGACAUGCAACCCGGCAACACACACCGUUUCUUCGAGCACACAUCUGCCGAACAGCCCCUGCUGGCCACAUCUGGCGCAACCGCUAAUGCGGGAGUUGAUCUCCGAGCCGAAUCAUACGGCACCUUCAAUCAAGUCCACCUACACGAAGACGAGAUCUGGAAUGUUCACUCCGAUGGCACGAUGCCUGCUUGGAAGAAGCCACAGAAGCCGAAAGCAUUCACCUGGCGGGUGAUUAUGCUCGUGCUUGCGCUGACUAUCUUCACCUACCACUCAAUGACAUACGACCAUCUUUUACCCAUCUUCCUCCAAGAUAAGGGUCCGCAGGGAUUAAUGGCCCUUUCGAAGUCUCAUUCGCCCUUCGACAUUCCCGGUGGUCUGGGCCUUUCAACCCGCACCGUGGGCGUGAUAAUGUCUACGGACGGCAUAAUCGCCCUCGUCAUCCAAAGUCUCAUCUUCCCCGCUUUGGCCGGGUGGCUAGGCAUAUGGAAACUAUUCGUCGUCGUGACAAUCCUGCACCCAAUUACCUAUCUCAUCGUUCCAUUCCUGGUCUUCCUCCCGCAAAACCUCACCUUCACAGGCAUCUAUUCUUGCCUAAUUAUCCGGAAUCUUCUCUCUAUUAUCGACUACCCCGUGCUCCUGAUCUUACUCAAACAAGCCAGUCCCUCAGACUCUGUUCUUGGCAAGAUCAACGGUCUAGCUGCCUCCGCCGGAGCCGCUGCCCGUACCCUUGCCCCCCCCGAUUGCUGGUUAUCUGUACAGCACUGGUGCUGGGUUCGGAUGCACGGGUGUGGCUUGCAGAAGAAAAAUUCGACUGCGACUGUUGAGGCGGCGGCUCCUUGUCAUUAUGUUCCUAUUCCGGAACCGCCUAAGGAAUCGAUUCACAUUAUUGUGACUGAUGUCGAUGCUGGUGCUGGUGCUGGUGCCGAUGCCGAUGCCGCUGCCGCUGCCGCUGCCGCGGCGCAGGAAGAUGCGUAG